CAUUUAAAAAAAUCAAAAAAAAAAUCAAAAGUUUCGUUCUUAAAACAUUGGAAUUGCACAAAAAUGUAAUAAUGUGGAUUGUGCAUAAUUGUGUUCUUAACUUCUUCUCUUUUUUAAUACUUUUCGAGGAAUGUAAAUGAAAAUUUAGAAGGAAAUAGAUUGUGUUUGGAUUCUUUUUUGUUUUCUUGGUUGAAUUAAUCCGUCUGAACAAUCCGUCUUGAGUCUUCCAUCAAUGUUAUCUCAGGAUAAAAUGAAACUAUUCAUUAAGUUUCUGGUCGGUGACAGCGAAGUAAGUAGUGGUGUGCUAUCGAUUGUAUUUUGAGAUACCUUUAUCUACAAAACAAUUGAGUGUUGUGGAGUUUGCUGUUAGGCAGAAUAACAAGUUUACAAAGUACGACUAGAGAGUUAUUUUCUCAAAAAAAAUUGGAGAUUCCACCAAAAUCGUUUGUCUGCAUUUAUAUAAUCAGAUUGGUAGACACAAAAUUACUUCCAACACUCAUAUAACCUAUUUAGCCAAUAAGUUUAAAAUUUUUGAGUCUAGGUCUAUAAAAGUUUCAACCCAUCAAAUAAAUAGAUAGGUUAUAUUCUCCCAUAAGAAAUCUCGAACCCAACCCGUUCAUUUAACACCCCUAAAAAUAGUUAAACCCAACCAAUUAAUCUAAUGGACAACAUUUUGCAUGUAUUUAGAAAUACAUCUGGAGGCCCAAGCCCAACCUUCUCCCACUUAUACUCAGGCCGACAUUUGGUGUCGGCAACGAUAAUUUAUUAAUGGAGAAGUUGAAGAAGAAGACUCAUAUGGGGUUCAGAGAGUGAUGCCAAAAAUACGAGAACUAGACAGACCCGUGAGUGAUAUCAAUUAUUUUACUCUCCGACAAUCAGACAAAAGGGAAACACGCUUACCAUCAAAUACCUCUUUACUCAAAUCAAAUGUGAAACCUGCUCUCCAUUUUUCAGCUACUUCUGGAGCCAAGUUUUUGUAUCAGACGCAUCCCAAUAUGAUAAGUUUCACUUCCCAAGUAUUUGGUCUUUUCUAGCAUCUAUAUUGGAUUUAUCUAAAGAAAACUAUACACUAAAAAUGGUUAGCAAAAAAAUAACACUUUGCUCUAAGUAUUAACUUAUGUCCUCUUUUAAAACCAGCCUUCACAAAUCAUAAUUAGAGUUUAGAGUCAAGUUAAGUUUGUUUGCUUAUGUGAUUUUGUUUUUUAUCUUAUCAAUUGUUAAACCGCUAAACAUUUUCUUUUGACUAUAUUGUUUAUUCAGUCGAUAAAUAUCUUUAUUUAGACUAUAAAGUUCAUGACUUUUGUAAAAAAAAAAGACAAACUCACACAAUUAAUCAUGGAAUCCAGCAAGGUCCAAUAAAAGAAAAAGAAAAACACCAUCAAAUUCCUUAUUAACUCAUCACCAAACACAUUUCAAAUUAAUCAAAACACUAGACACAAUAAAUUUCAAAACAAUGUCGACUUCUAAGACCAUAACCUUCACUCUCUUCAUAGCAACACUACUCUCGUCCUGCAACGCAGCCGCAAACGCUACAACGCAACCGCUAUUCCCAGCGAUUCUAAUCUUUGGCGACUCAACAGUCGACACAGGCAACAACAACUACCACUCACAAACAAUCUUCAAAGCUAAACAUCUUCCUUAUGGAAUUGAUCUCCCAAACCACAAAGCUAGUGGAAGAUUUACAAAUGGGAAAAUCUUCUCCGACAUAAUCGCAACAAAACUCAACAUCAAACAGCUUGUUCCUCCCUUCUUACAACCAAAUCUCUCUGACCAAGAAAUUGUAACCGGGGUCUGUUUUGCAUCAGCCGGUGCGGGUUACGAUGACCGUACCAGUCUCUCGACUCAAGCAAUCGGUGUCUCGGACCAACCAAAGAUGUUCAAGAGUUAUAUUGCCCGUCUUAAAAGUAUCGUAGGAGACAAAAAAGCUAUGGAGAUCAUAAACAAUGCUUUGGUGGUUAUAAGUGCAGGACCUAACGACUUCAUCUUGAAUUAUUAUGAUUUUCCUUCAAGGCGUCUUGAGUUUCCUCACAUAUCUGGUUACCAAGACUUUGUGCUUAAAAGGCUUGACAAUCUCGUGCGGGAGCUUUACAGUUUAGGUUGCCGGAAAAUUAUGGUAGGAGGUUUACCGCCAAUGGGUUGUUUACCGAUUCAAAUGACUGCUAAAUUCCGCAACGCUCUAAGGUUCUGCUUGGAACAAGAGAACCGAGACUCUGUCUUGUACAAUCAGAAACUUCAGAAACUAUUACCUCAGAUCGAAGCAUCUCUUACAGGAAGCAAGAUCCUUUACUCCAAUGUCUAUGACCCGAUGAUGGACAUGAUGCAAAACCCAAGCAAAUACGGGUUUAAAGAGACGAAGAGAGGAUGUUGUGGAACAGGGCAUUUGGAGACAAGCUUCAUGUGUAAUGCUUUUUCUCCAACGUGUAGGAAUCACUCCGAGUUUUUGUUCUUUGACUCGAUUCAUCCAUCGGAAGCUACCUAUAACUAUAUGGGCAAUUUUCUAGAUACUCAGAUCCGUUUGUGGCUUGAGGCCUAAGUCAUAAUUAUAUUGGCCUAAAUCAGUUCACUUUCA